AAGGGCUGUUCAAACGAUGAGAUACUGGCAGUAUUAGGACACGAGCUUGGGCACUGGAAGCUCAGUCACACUCUUAAAAACCUUGCUAUCUCACAGGUAACAUUGAGUAGUAUCGGGUCGAAUUCUAGGAUAGAGUAACCUAGAACCUUCCAUAACUCUACGCCAAAAAAUGUUAAAAAAUUUAACGAGUUUCGAAUCAAAAAUAAUGUACACAAUGUUAGCGAUAUUCACCUACAUUGUAUUCCAGUGCAAGGAAACCAUUCAUCAAUAUUUCGGUGGGGAAGUGAAGCACAAAGGCUUGAUUUUACCAACUCAGUUGAUAAUGUAAAUUUUCCACAGUAAAAAGAUUAAAAAGCUAACGUUUGGAGCGCACGAUUUGCCUCUUACUACAAAAUACGAGAUAUGCCCCGAUCAUAUCAUCACCGUAGCAUAAAAGCAGCCGACAUUUUUUGAUGCUACGGUACCACUGGUUUCCCCUCGAAAUGAUUUCUGAGGAACGAGCGCAGAAAUUCCAUACUGAUGACUCGUCACUACCCAGAUCUGGGUAGUGCUUCUGAUUGGUUGUGUGGAAAAUUUGCUUCAGCCAAUCAGAAACGCUACCCAGAUCUGGGAAGUGUCACGUCAUCAGUAUGGAAUUUCUGUACUCCUCUCUCAGACGUCAUUUGACGAAUUGUCGGCUUUUUUCUCAGGCAAGUUAUCCCGUGGCUCAACGCCUUUGCGUUUUACCUUUCCUCGCUUAUGAGCUACCGGUACUCCCACUUUCAACCAAGCGUUUCUGAAUUAAACCCGUAUUCAUCCGUGGCAAAUAUCACACCCGUCGAGUCAGAAUCAAUUUGGCUAUUUUUUAACCCUUUGAGUCCCAAUGGUGACCAACAUCAAUUUUCUCCUGACCAUAUCCAUAGAUUGUCCAGAGAUUAGGUUAUGAGAAUUAAUAAGUUGAUCACCUAAGAAAAAUGCUUAAUCUUUUAUCAAAUUCUCUCAACCAAUCCAUGAAGGAAAUGUAUAGAGAUCAGUUUGGAGAAUUUGUAUGUGGAUAUUGGUUAACUACUGCUUGCUCUCCUGUCUGUAGGUGAAUUUGUUCCUUUGUUUUAUGAUGUUUGGUUACCUGAUGCACUACAAGGUCUUGUUCACCAGUUUUGGUUUUCCUAACUCUCAACCCACCAUGAUCGGCCUGGUUAUCAUAUUCCAGUUUAUAUUUUCACCUUAUAAUGAGGUAAGCACAGAAACUGUUUAUUGUUUAUUGUUUUGUUUGCCAUAAGUUGUACAAAGCAAAAAAAAAAUCUAAUUAUUUAAACUCUCAUGGCGAGGAAGCCCAAGAGAAGCCACCGGGCUUAUAAGGAAUGGGCUCCCUCAGUUAGAUAAUUAGAACAAAAUAUUAUCAUAGUAGAUACAGAGUCACCCCCUCGGCAAAAUUUCUCAAUAUAUCGUAGCUAAGAAGAACCUCUUUUAUCCUAUAAACUUCAGUGAAAUACCAGGUGAGCUUUUGCUCGAAAACAUGAUAUUUUCACAUGUGAGAUUAACAUGUUAUCUUCACUUGUGAAAAGAUCACUGUUGCUAUGGCUACAUAAUAAAGCGCGCCUUUCAUUCUUAGCACAAAAUUAUUAGAGUAAAAAGUGUUGGUAAUUUUUUUGGUGUUUAUAUGAUAAGGCUUAGAGAAGAGACAUACAUGUACAACACCUCACAUGUACGUAGAGGAUAUUAAAUGGCCGCCUGGAGAUACGAAAUUUCUCUCCUCCUGUUGAAAAAUUUUUCACGAGUGAGCGCAGCGAACGAGUAAAAUAUAUCUUUCUACGUUCGAAGAGAAAUUUCUUAUCUCCAAGUGGCCAUUUAAUACCGGUAUCCUCUAUGCACAUAUGAUGGGUUGUCUUGUAUGUCUCUUCUCUAAGCCUAGACUGGUGGCCGAUUAACCGGGUGUAUUUUCUAAACUUUUGCUGUAAUUUUAGUUGUUAGGCUUUCUAAUGACCGUGCUGAGCCGGAAAUUCGAGUUUCAAGCAGACGCUUUUGCAAAAUCUCUUGGAUUUUCUGGUCAUCUACGCUCUUCUCUAAUAAAGCUCCAUAAAGAUAAUCUUGGGUUCCCUGUGGCAGACAAGCUGUACUCUGCUUAUCACUACUCCCACCCACCACUCAUUGAACGACUCAGAGCCCUGGGAACCAAGCAAGACUAA